UAAAGUUACUGCCUUUUAUGGACACUCACCCACACUGCCCAAGAAAAUAUACACACAAAAAGACACUUUCCCUCUCUCUCUAGCCUUGAAAUGAUUCAAAUUCAUAAUUAAAUUUCUAGUUUUCAAUUUGUAAUCGACCUCUAUGAUCACAUUUCCCACCUUCUCUCUCUUUAUCUCCACCGUAAGAACCUGAACUGGCUGUACAGUGACUGAAUGUGCUCUAAAGGGAACUCCAGCCAGGAACCCCCUCUUCAUCAAAGGAUGAAAAUGGGGUUGUGGAUUUGGUUUUUCUCUGCAAUAUUGGGAGGAACCCUUUUGGGCCCUUGCUGUCUUGCUCUCUCUGAAGAUGGUGUUACAUUGUUGGAAAUCAAGAGCCGUUUGAAUGACAGUAGAAAUUUUCUCGGUAACUGGAGGGAUUCUGAUGAGUUUCCAUGUAAAUGGACUGGUGUCUCUUGCUAUCACCAUGAUCAUCGAGUUCGUUCUAUAAACCUACCUUACAUGCAACUCGGGGGGAUUAUAUCUCCAAGCAUAGGCAAACUCAAUAAAUUACAAAGACUGGCACUUCACCAAAACAGCUUGCAUGGGUCUAUUCCUAACGAGAUUGCCAAUUGUGCUGAGCUCAGAGCCCUGUACUUGAGGGCCAAUUAUCUUCAAGGAGGCAUACCGUCAGACCUUGGAAAUCUUUCAUAUCUCACUAUACUGGAUUUCUCAAGCAAUUCAUUAAAGGGUGCCAUACCAUCCUCACUGGGUCGCCUCAAACGGCUGCGCUAUUUGAACUUGUCUACAAACUUCCUUUCUGGUGAAAUCCCAGAUGUUGGAGUCCUAAGCACUUUUGACAACAAGUCUUUUAUUGGAAAUUUGGAUUUGUGUGGUCAACAAGUGCACAAGCCAUGUCGGACCUCACUGGGAUUCCCUGCAGUGCUGCCCCAUGCUGAAAGUGAUGAAGCUGCAGUCCCUGUUAAACGAUCAGCUCAUUUCACCAAAGGUGUGUUGAUUGGUGCAAUGUCUACUAUGGCUCUUGUGCUUGUCAUGCUUCUUGCAUUCCUCUGGAUUUGUUUCUUAUCAAAGAAAGAAAGAGCUUCCAGGAAAUAUACCGAAGUUAAAAAGCAAGUUCAUCAAGAACCAAGCACCAAGCUUAUUACUUUCCAUGGUGAUCUUCCAUAUCCCUCGUGUGAGAUCAUAGAGAAGCUGGAAGCUCUUGAUGAAGAGGAUGUUGUGGGUUCAGGGGGAUUUGGUACUGUAUAUCGAAUGGUCAUGAAUGACUGUGGUACAUUUGCUGUGAAAAGAAUUGAUCGGAGUCGUGAAGGAUCUGAUAAAGUAUUUGAGAGGGAGUUGGAGAUCUUGGGUAGCAUAAAGCACAUAAAUCUAGUUAACCUGCGAGGUUACUGCAGGCUUCCCACUUCAAAGCUGCUUAUAUAUGAUUAUUUGGCUUUGGGCAGCUUAGAUGAUUUUUUGCAUGAACAUGGUGGACAAGAUGAGCGGUCCCUUAAUUGGAGUGCUCGUUUAAACAUAGCCCUGGGUUCUGCCCGGGGGUUGGCAUAUUUGCAUCAUGAUUGCAGCCCAAGGAUAGUUCAUCGUGACAUAAAAUCCAGCAACAUACUCCUUGAUGAAAAUUUAGAGCCUCACGUUUCUGACUUUGGUCUUGCCAAACUUUUGGUAGAUGAGGAUGCGCAUAUCACGACUGUCGUUGCUGGCACUUUUGGCUAUUUGGCACCAGAGUAUCUGCAAAGUGGAAGAGCAACAGAGAAAUCAGAUGUCUAUAGCUUUGGAGUUCUUUUGUUAGAGCUUGUCACUGGAAAGAGGCCUACUGAUCCAACUUUCGUCAAGAGAGGUUUAAAUGUUGUUGGCUGGAUGAACACCCUAUUGAAAGAGAAUCGGUUGGAGGAUGUAGUAGAUAAAAGGUGCAGAGACGCUGAAGUUGAAACUGUAGAAGCAAUUCUUGAUAUAGCGGGAAGGUGCACCGAUGCAAACCCAGACGAUCGGCCAUCAAUGAGCCAGGUGUUGCAGCUGCUAGAGCAAGAAGUUAUGUCACCAUGCCCCAGUGAUUUCUAUGAGUCCCAUUCAGACUACUGUUAAAAAUGAUAGACAAACCAUAUGUAUGCAUUGUGGCAGAUGUGUUGUUGCUUCACCAUAUUUUUAUUUACUUCAUACCCCUAUCUAUGGGGCCCCUUGUAUAAUAUUUGCUUGCUAAUGAUGGAAUUUCUUUAGAUGCCUUGGAUUUUCCAAGGGCAUCCUGUGAAAAUGUCUUUGUCUUCUCGCCUAGAGAACAUUUACAAAGGAAUGGGACCUACAUUAUUAAUUUUACACAUUAUUUAUACUAGUUAGUCAUGAUCCCCCCCACAGCAGCUCUCACUGGCUGAGUCUGAAAUUUGCAAUGGCAGACCGCCCACCGUCCCAAAACAACCUGGAGGGUAAAGUGGCCAUAAUCACCGGCGGCGCCAGCGGCAUUGGCGAGGCAACGGCGCGUCACUUCGCCAACCAUGGUGUGCGCGCUAUUGUGAUCGCUGACAUCCAAGCUGAAAAGGGUCAACUGGUCGCAGAAUCGAUUGGUUUGCAUCGUUGCCGGUACAUCCUUUGUGACGUGACAGACGAGCAGCAGGUCAAGGCCCUCGUUGAAUCAACCGUCCAGGCUUACGGACAACUCGACGUCAUGUUCUGCAACGCUGGAAUCAUGAGUGUAGGUAUGCAGGAUGUACUCGAUUUCGACUUAUCGGCCUACGAUACGUUGUUCGCGAUCAACGUACGUGGCGUGGCAGCGAGUGUGAAGCACGCAGCGCGUGCGAUGGUGGAGGGUAAGGUGAAGGGAAGCAUAAUAUGUACAGCGAGCGUCUCCGCCAGCACUGGGAGCGACAAGUUCAUAGACUACGUGAUGUCGAAGAUGGCAGUGCUGGGGCUAGUGAAGUCGGCGAGUAGACAGCUGGGCGCGUAUGGAAUACGGGUGAAUAGCGUUUCGCCGGGGGCGGUGGCGACGCCGCUGCUGUGCGACAAGUUUCAGAUGAGCGCGACGGAGGUGGAGAAUAAUUUCGAACAGUAUAUGUCCUUGAAGGGUGCUGGGCCAAUGAAAGAAAAAGACGUGGCUGAUGCCGUGUUGUUUCUUGCUUCUGACAAUUCAAAGUUCGUCACAGGCCAUAACUUGAUCGUCGACGGCGGCUACCCAUAUUGAUCGCCGAUCAUAAGUCUCCUUUUAAUCUAAAAAUUAAUAAAUAAAUAAAAUAAUUGAAAUUUUAUAA